AUGUCUGCCGCUUCCAAGUUCUUCAAGAUCUGGUACAAACCUGAAAUCAUUCCCAUCUAUGUCGUCACCGGCGGCGCUGUAUGCAUGUCUGCUUGGUACCUCUCCCGCUUGGCUCGUGGCCCUGAAGUCGUCUGGGAUCGUCACAACAACCCAUACCCUUGGCAACACAUUGACCAAAACACUCAACUCAAGCUUAUGACCGUCAAUCAACAGUUUGAUAAAAAGUACUCCCGUGAUCGCUUGUAA